ACAGAGAGAGACAGUCAAAGAGACGAAGAGAGCGAGAGAGGGAGAAAGUCCAACACUGCUACUGAAACGUGUCAGCUGUUGGUUAAGGGAGGCUGAAGAAUAAUUAAGGGAGGCUGAAGAAGGGAGGUAGAGAGAGAGUGUAUGUAUACCAGUGGGGUUGAGAGACCUUCUUCUCUCCAGCGGAGCAGCAAGAUGAAGAGUUUCAUCACAAACACCCUCUCUGACUUCUUCUUCGAGUACGAGACCCCCCGUCAGGUGCUGGUACGGAACAAGAAGGUGGGGGUCGUGUGCCGAUUGAUCCAGCUGGGGGUCCUGGCUUACAUCAUCGGGUGGGUGUUCAUCUAUGAGAAAGGCUACCAGUCGUCAGACACGGCCGUGGGUUCCGUCUUGACUAAGAUGAAGGGGGUGGGAUAUACCAAUGUGACCGGAGAGGAGAGGAUCUGGGACGUGGCUGACUAUGUCUUCCCUGUACAGGGGGACUCUUCUUUUGUGGUGAUGACCAACUACAUUAUGACCAAAGGUCAGAAAAUUGAAAAAUGUUCUGAGCCCCCAAACUCGAAGAAUCGAUGCAGCUCUGACGCAGACUGUGAAGGGAGAUCAGAACGUACGGGAGAUGGACAUAUGACGGGGAAGUGUUUGGUGAACACAACCAAGAUGUGUGAGGUGCUAGCCUGGUGUCCUGUGGAAGAUGACAGCAGUAUCCCAGACCCUGCGCUGUUGAUGUCGGCAGAGAACUUCACACUGUUCAUCAAAAACACAAUCAACUUUCCAGCCUAUGGUGUUACGAGGUGUAACCUCGUAGAAGGUAUCGACAAUCAGUACAUCAAAAGUUGCCUGUAUGACCCAAAGACGUCCCCACUGUGUCCCAUUUUCAGACUGGGCGACUUGGUACAGAUGUCUGGCUUCAACUUCGCCGCCAUAGCCAAAGUGGGUGGGGCGAUUGGUAUCAUCAUUGACUGGACCUGUAACCUGGACCAUGACCAGUCAGACUGUAAACCGAUCUACUCCUUCCACGGUCUCUAUGGAAACCCCGACGAGGCAGACACGGCCAGAGCAUCUGUGGGAUACAACUUCAGGUACGCAAAGCACUAUAUGGAGGACACACAGGAGAAAAGAACGCUUCUGAAAGUGUUUGGGAUUCGAUUUGACAUCAUUGUGCGUUCAGUGGCCAGAAAAUUUGAUAUCAUUCCAACACUAACAGCUAUAGGAUCUGGUGUUGGAAUCUUUGGAGUGGCGACUGUAGUAUGUGAUCUGAUUCUCCUGUAUCUACUACCCAAGAGGGAAUUCUACAACAACAUGAAAUUCAAGGUCACUGAAACGAUGGAGAAGGAACCUUUAGAUGAGGUCAAGUCUGAAAAGGACGUAUCCAAGAAGCAUUCAGAAGAGGUUCUAGUGCAUCAUGAGGCACCACUGUCAGAGUCUUAGUCCCUACAGCGGCUGCCUGGAUCAGCUCAGUCUUAAGAGUGAUGCUGCGGAGGGGUCCUGACUCCUGGGCUCCAGUCUGCAGUAACAGCUGGCUGCGACUCCAACAGACUGACUCCAGACUGCACUGACACAUCUUAAAGCAUAAAACAAGUGUGAUGGUUUUCUGCCUUGUGUUCACUCUCCAGCUGAAUGAUUCAACUGCCAUUUAAUUGCCUUCAAAUCCUGUCAACAGAUCUCAAACAAUGCCCUUCCGGCUCAAUGAUUCAACUGCUAUUUAUUGCCUUCAAAUGUCAACAGACCUCAAACAAUGCUCUCAGUUUAGGAUAUUUUUUUAUUUUACCUUUAUUUAACUAGGCAAGUCAGUUAAGAACAAAUUCUUAUUUACAAUGACAGCCUUGUUCAGGGGCAGAACCACAGAUUUUCACCUUGUCAGCUCAGGGAUUCGAUCUACAAACCUUUCGGUUAGUGGCCCAACGCUCUAACCACUAGGCUACCUGCCGAGAUAGAUAGUAACGGAACAUUCUUUCAGACUGCUUCCACCCUCCUUUGUUUGUCUAAUAAUAAUAAUCAGGGAAACAGUUUAAUCAUCUGAAUGUGAUACAAAACAAGGCAUCGAUGUGCUUUAGGAGCGCUGCUCUCUCAAUGUGUCAUAAUUAGAACUAUGUGUUUUUAUUUAUUUAUUUGACCUUUAUUUAACCAGGCUAGUCAGUUAAGAACAAAUUAUUAUUUUCAAUGACGGCCUGGGAACAGUGGGUUAACUGCCUGUUCAGGGGCAGAAUGAUAGAUUUGUACCUUGUCAGCUCGGGGGUUUGAACUUGCAACCUUCCGGGUAUUAGUCCAGGCUACCCUGCCGCCUCUACACUCUAACCACUAGGCCACCCUGUUAGUUUGUGUUAGUUUAGGGUUGGUUCAUUAACUGAAAGAAUCAUGUGUUUUAUAACACAUUCGUUACCUUAAAGUACCCUGGUUUAUUAACACAUGUUAUAAUAUCUGUUUAUAACACAUUCGUUACCUUAAAGCCGUGGUUCACUCAGAAACAUUCUCUAUUUUCUAUGGGGACACAUUUCUACACAUUUUGUCAUGGGGUGCAGGGAAAAUGUUGCCGUUUUAAAGGUCAUUUUCUUGCAAUUCUAUACAUUUUGCCAUGUCUAAUGUGUAUAUUUGAGUGACAUUACUACAAAAUCUCUGGGCUAAAAAAACGUUAGCUGACGUGGGCUAGUAGAUCUGGACACUUUCUGACACGUUAUAAAUAUCUCUCUAAGGUCUGUAAUGACUGACAGGACAAGAGGAACUGAGGAUGUACUUCCCAGUGUAGAAGCUGCACCUUGUGUAUUCUACUAUUACAACUUUCAGGAGUAAGUUGAAAGCCGGUUUCCAACCUCUUCCAUCAGCACAGCACACACCAUGUUGUCUUCAAGAAGCAGAAGAAUUCGAUGACUACUGGCACGGCGUAUUCCACCUUGAAAUACUGUAAUAAUGACAUAUUUUUGAUCUUUAAAUCUUUCUCAUCAAUCAACAAGUUUGUGAUUGAUACGCAAAUUCAAUAAAACAUUGUUGAAGGUUGUA